AUGGGGCUUGAGUCUCCCCUCCCCUCUGUGCACACUUGGCGCCUGUGGGCUGAUACAGGCCUAGGAGAGCACGUGGAGAAAACGAUCCCGGUGGACGUGCUCCAUGCAGAGUUGCCACAGAUCUUCAACCCGCAGGCGCCUGCCUUUGUUUCUGGAGCUACAGUGACCUCGAAAGCCGAGGGUCCCCUGCACUGGCUCGUCACGCCUUUCCGCGCAGCUUCUUCGUUGGUCGGUGUCCCCAAGUCCGUGGAUUCCCAGCUUCUGUGUCAGGGCUUCGGAGAAGGGCCUCGCCUCCUGCCCCCGCCGCCCUGCCCCGUCACUCUGUGUGUCUCUGAGGCGGUUUGGAGAGUCCUGAACCAGCGUAAGUGCUGUGGGUUUUUGGAGACGGCGCUACAGAUCAGCUUGGAGAACUCUGGCCCUCGGGAGGACAAACAUUUCUUAGGCACCGUCAGACUUAAGUCCACUCCUGCCCCAAGUUCUCCAUGUGUGUCCUGGGGGGCCAGCUGGGCGGUGGGAGUGGGUGGCCCCCACAUGGGUAAUGAGGCAUGGGAGAAACUCAACAAGAAUAAGAAGUUGGUGAAGAAGUUGGCCAAGGAGUGCGAUGACUUCUUGGCUUCUGAAUGUCUGAUCAGUCCUGUGAAUCUGGAUGCAGGUCUGACCAAGGCUGGCAAAUUCCCUUCCUUGCUGAUCCACAAUGAGAACAUGGUGGCCAGAGUUGAUGAAGUGAAGUCCACGGUUGAGUUCCAGAUGAAGAAGAAGGCGCGGUGUCUGGCGGUGGCUGUGGAGCACACGAGGAUGACCUAUGACAAGCUUGUGUGCUACAUCCGCUCAGCUGUCAACCCCUGUGUUUCAUUGCUCAGGACCCACUGGCAGAAUGUGUGGACUUCAUGCAUGGAGACCGCCUUGGGCAAGCCCCAGCGCCCGUACUGA